GUUCUCAUGCCGCGCUACACCUUUUCCUCUCGAGCUUCCUCCUGCAACACUCCCUGCCCUCUGUGGUCUUUUCCCUCACUUCUGUCUGCACCUUCAUCACCUCCUCCUCGUCUCCAGUCCUGAAGGCCACCUUCCUGUUCAGUGACGCCUUGAUGACCGUAGUCUCCCAGCGUUUGUUGUUGGGGAAACGGUCUUGGUACGCAAUCGGUGAUGCAGUCUGUGAGACCAUCUAUGUCCUUCCCAUGUGCAUUAAAGAGAACUUUCCAGUUUAUUUUGUUGUGUUGCAAAUCACGCUCUUUACGGCAAUAGUCUUCGUCAUUUGGACCACGCUUUGCGUUCUUGCGCCCGUCACGGAUGCAGGCAGGACAUUUGCAUGAAGGCAACGCAAACAAACAUGGAGGAGAGUGAACGUGACGCAGAACGGCCCAGACAACACGGGGAGCUCGUACCUGAAAGAGGGGCUGCUUCUGUCGCAUGGACGUGGUUUGGGUAUGAAAAGUCUGACACGGACCAGAAAACUGUACUUUGCAAAUUAUCCCGAAGACCGUUACCACAACAGACUCAAACGCCACCGACCUCUUUUACCACCGACACAAGAAUCAUGUCAAACAGAACGGAGAGAGUCUACGACGGUACAGUCGAGUUUCUUUGUCGAGUAUAUAAUUCAAAAUAAGAAACGGGCCUUUCCAUGUGGUCAUUUAUAUAAAGCAUGUAUUCCUUGAAUUUACAGAAAAUGUGCGUGAAAUGUUUCGUUAUGAGGGUAUGAAGUGACCUGUACCAGGAUGUGAGGUGGAUCAUGUCGCACAGCCCUGGAGAGUCUCCUCUCUGGUGGUCACUGGUUGCUGCUGGACUGCAGGUUUAUAGAGGGGCUUAAGGUAGACCAGGUUGUGAUCUGAUCUGCCCAGGGGAGGGAGAACUAUGGAGCAGUGUGCUUCCUUAUAGGGGCGGCGAUAUGGCCUUAAAAUAAUAUCACGAUAUUUCAGGGUAUUCUAUAUAUAUAAACUACAUUAAUCUGCUCACCUUCCUCCACCUGCCCGCCCCGCCCCUUCCUGUCUCUCUCCGCCCGCAUGUUUCUGCUCUUCGUCAGCUCUUUGUUUUAUAAAGUCGGUUUCCACGGCAGCAGCUGAGCCGCGCGGAGGAGGCUCGCCUGUCGAAACGAUCAAACCAGCGUGGCACCAACGGGUGCACUUACGAGCUCUUACUGAACAACGGCAUCUCCCUCUGUGUUUAGACCGCACGGGAGGGGAAGAGCAAGGAGAGGUCGUCCGCUAGUUAAUCGAUCGCGGACGGCCCAGGUGUUAAUACACCUGGGCGGCCCGACCGACUAACGUCUGUGUGGGAAACACUGCUCAGCAGUGUUACUUUCGCUUUCAGCCGUGCUCGUUGUUGCCGUGCGUAACGGUGGGCGGGGUUGUUGUCGAGGUGAUGAGGUCAGACGGUCACAGAGUUGAUGACGUCAGCAGCCUGCGACGCUUUAGCCACGGGAGGAACGUAAACUGCAAUCGUAAUGGUCUGGGAAAACUCUGGAGAAGAAUCCACUUUACUGACAGAAUGUGUGUCGACGCAGCAGCUCUCAGUUCAGAUACAGACGACUAAACACAUGGAAACAGCUUCCAUGUGCAGAGUGGAACCAGCUUCCACGUGUUCGAUCAGGGUCGGUUCUCUAAAGAAGUUCUACCAAAGUUCUUCAAACACAACAACAUGGCCAGUUUCAUCCGACAGCUCAACAUGUAUGGUUUCCAUAAGGUGGUUCACAUCGAGCAGGGCGGUCUGCUGAAACCGGAGAGAGACGACACCGAGUUCCAACAUCCGUUCUUCAUCAGAGGAAAAGAACACCUGCUGGAGAACAUCAAACGCAAAGUCACCAACGUGUCGUCAGUGCGUCAGGAGGAAGUGAAGAUGUCUACAGACAAAGUGAACAAGAUCCUGAACGAUGUCCAGCUCAUGAAGGGAAAACAGGAAACCAUCGACUCCAGGAUCAUCGCCAUGAGACAUGAGAAUGAGGCUCUGUGGAGAGAAGUGGCCAGUCUGAGGCAGAAACACGCUCAGCAACAGAAAGUCGUCAACAAGUUGAUCCAGUUCCUAGUGUCUCUCGUCCAGUCCAACAGGAUCCUGGGAGUCAAGAGGAAGAUUCCUCUGAUGCUGAAUGACUCUAGCUCCGCCCACUCCGUGCCUAAAUAUAGUCGGCCGUUCUCAUUGGAGCACGUGCAGGCUGCAGCCAGUCUGUUCUCAGCCGACUCCCCGGUGACUUCUGGACCAAUCAUCUCUGACAUCACAGAGGUGGCCACACCCACAGCUGAGGAUGUGGUCAGUGAUUGGACGGACGCAGGAGAGAGCCAAUCCGUCAGUGUCAAAGAGGAGCCGUCCAGUCCUGACUCAGAGGUGUGUCCUGUUCUGGAGGGCGGAGCUACACAUGUAGACACACCCCUCUCCCCCACCACCUUCAUCAACUCCAUCCUACAGGAUAACGAGACGCAGCUUACCCCGAACACCACCACCACCACCAAUCCUACAGCCAGUCCCAUUGUUGUGAUGAGCCCUGCCUCCACUGGGCCUCUCCCACCAGCCCCAGCCAGCCAAUCACCUGCCUCUGUUCCCACUCAAAACUCUGCCCCAAGCCCCGCCAAACCUCAGCAGAAAUGUCAGACCAUCGCCUGUAUUGACAAACCCCGCCCCCCUCCCUCUGCAGGUGGACUCUCACCUGACGUUUGGCGCUUCUUAUCAACACGAUCUGACAAGUCUGAGCUGUCUGAUCAUGUGGACAGUAUUGACAGCGGUCUAGAAAACCUGCAGAGCAUCCUGAACGCACAAACCUUCACCUUUGACACCUCCCCACUCAUGGAGUUUUUCAGUUCUUCCUGUCCCUCUGGAGACUUUGACCUCGACAGUUUGGACACUCUGCUGUCUGAAGAACUUCCUAAAGGAAGUGAUGAAAGCAGCAACACCAACCACACAGGGAAGCAGCUGAUGCAUUACACGGCCACACCUGUCCUGAUGUCUGAACCAAUCAGCUUGGGGGAGGGCGGGGCCGAUCUGCCCUCCCUGCUGGAAUUGGAGGCGGAGCCUUUCUUCAGCUCCGACCCGCCCACUGACGACCCGGCCGCCGCCCUUCUGAGCCAUGCCCAACUGGACUCUGACCUCUGACAUCAUCAGGAGGGGGAGGGCCACCGAAUGUGAUUUAUCAGUCACCAUAGCAACAGGACAGUCUAAGCACUGACUCAGCAGCAGCAAUAGAUGGUGAUGAAAUCAAUCGAUCAGCUGUAGAUCAAUCAGUAGGUUAAAGGUCACAUUUUUAUUAUGCAGAUGUUAUUGAUCGAUAUUAACCAGUUUAUAUACCUGUGUCUUCUUCUAUUCUUUUUAUUUUAGCUUUUGGUUUUUCUUCUUUGCUGCUUUAAUUAAGUUUUUGUUUGACGUUCACUGUAAAAGAAAAACCUCAAAGGUUCUCAGAGAAGCAGUAUAAUGUCUGUACCUGCCGGUCCAAUCAGAAACAAGCCUGAGGUCACUGUAGAUGAUGUCACAGUCCAGGUGUGACAGGAUCAUGUGACCCAGGUGUUCUCUGUGUUCUGCAUGUUGAAGUCAGAGUUUAUGGUUGUCUUUGUUUUCAGGUGUAAACUAUGGAAAAUGAAGAGAAUCUGAGUAUUUUUGGAAAAGUUUAUUAUGAAUUGGAAGUGUUUAUUGUCCCCCCAGUGACCCCUGUUACCAUGGAGACGACCAGGAAGCAGAUAGAGAUGGCAUUGAUCUGAUCUGUUGGAUCAAUAUCAGUUCUGAUUAAUCAGAUCAGGUAUCAUCCACGAUGUGAUUGAUUCACAUUAACUGUGUUUAUCAGUGUGUCAUUAUAACAUCCAGUGUUCGUCUCAUGUUACAGAAACGAUGUCAGAUCUAAAGAUGAAGUUCGACAACAUUUUAUCGAAUCUUUUCAGGCAGUUUGUUUAUCUGAAUGAAGACGUCUCUUAGUUAAUAAA